AUGUCGAAAACUGCCACCAAGACCGGAACUCCAACCCCAUCCCACACUGUUAGAGUAAGCUUCAUGGGCAAAGCUGGAACUGAGGCCUUUGCCAGGCUCAAUGGAGCGAAAGGUUUCAUUUCUCAUCAUGCAUCCAUCGCGACAACUGGAAUGAAUGGCGGAACUCCGUUCGAAAACCCCAUACAACUGUCCUCUUACGGAUCACAAGCUGACACACUCAUACCUCGAAAUGUCUACGCGAUGAAUUGCAAGCUCAUUGGCACUAACAACAACACCGACGAUCAACUUCACUUCGAAAACAUCAAUCGUAUCAACCUUGGCAGUGUCGACCGCUUUGGCGAGUUCUUCGUCGGUGAGCUCAUCGACAAGAUAACCAUGAUCACACUUGGCAUAGUUUAUUCCCGCAAUUUGAUUCAAGAUCCGGCUCAUGGGGGCAAGAGUACAGUAGUCAUAACUCUCAAACACACUGAUUAUGAUCCGUUGGUCAGUGCACUUUAUUCCCCCAGCGCGCAAUAUGGAGAAGGCGCAAAACAUAUGUCAACUUGGUCGAGAACUGCAAUUGACGGGUCAGAUCAAAGAUUACAACACGGAACUUUUCAUGUGGGAAAACGAAUCCAAUUAGCAACUCCUUCUCCCGCUCGCGGUCCUGGGGGUCCUUCAGGUGGCCGUGUCCCAUUGUCACUUGGUCGAACUGUGCGACCCGUAGCCAGCACGUCAUCAGCUGUUCCCUCCGUCACCAGUGAAAUACAAGUAAUCCCCAAAACCGAAGUUGAACCCGAACCCAACGAGGAGGAAGAAGAAGCAGAAGCCGACUCUCCGCUCGCCGACAUGACCAACAACGUCUAUGGCAAACGGCCACGUCGUCACUGA